AUGUCAGCCAUCGCACAAUCAGCCAUCUCUUUCGCUCCGACGACGACGACGCGCGUCGUCGCUUCCUCCUCUUCGGCCUUGAGCUCGAGAAGAAUGAGCAAAACUAGAAACGCGUUGCGAUUAUCUUCUUCUAUCCCUGCGAGGCACGGAAAGAAAUCGUCUUUGGUCGUUCAAGCGAUCAACCCGCGAUCGGAUGCCGCGGACGCGGGCAAAGGCCAACGCGUCAUGAUCAUCGGCGGCGACGGUUACUGCGGAUGGGCGACGGCUUUGCACUUGUCCCAAAGAGGCUACGAGGUGUCCAUCGUCGAUAACUUGUGUAGACGUCAGUUUGAUGAUCAGCUCGGUUUCAAUUCCUUGACGCCGAUUAAAUCCAUUCACGAAAGAGUUCGCAAGUGGGAAGAAGUUUCCGGGAGAAAGAUUGAGUUGUUCAUCGGCGACGUGUGCGACUACGAGUUUUUGGGCGCAACGUUUGAAAAAUUCAACCCGACUGCCGCGGUACACUUUGGCGAGCAGCGCUCUGCACCGUACUCGAUGAUGGAUAGAUCUCGUGCCAUCUUUACGCAAACGAACAACGUUAUGGGUACCAUUAACGUCUUGUACGCGAUUAAAGAGUUCGCGCCGGAUUGCCACUUGGUCAAACUCGGCACAAUGGGUGAAUACGGUACUCCGAACAUCGACAUCGAGGAAGGUUACUUGACCAUCACGCACAAUGGUAGAACAGAUACGUUGCCGUACCCGAAACAAGGUGGUUCUUUCUACCACUUGUCGAAAUGCCACGACUCUGCGAACAUGUUGUUUUGCACGAAAGCGUGGAACUUGCGAUGCACGGAUAUUAACCAAGGCGUCGUGUACGGCAUCGCAACGGACGAAACGAUGAUGCACCCAGACUUGAUCAACAGAUUAGAUUAUGAUGCCGUCUUUGGCACCGCAUUGAACAGAUUUUGCAUCCAAGCCGCGGUUGGUCACCCGAUGACGGUGUACGGUAAGGGCGGACAAACAAGAGGUUUCUUGAACAUUCGCGAUACCGUGCAAUGCAUCCAAAUUGCCGUCGACAACCCCGCGGAACCGGGAAAGAUGCCAAUUUACAACCAGUUUACGCAGCAAUUCUCCGUGAACGAACUCGCUGGUUUGAUCACCGAAGCCGGUCAGAAAUUAGGAUUGAGUCCGGAAGUUAUUAGCGUACCGAACCCGAGAACCGAAGCGGAAGAGCACUACUACAACGCGAAAAACUCCAACUUGAAAGACUUGGGAUUAGAACCGACUUUGUUGGGCGAUGAAUUGCUCGACACGCUCAUGAAAACCGUGAUUGACUACAAAGAUAGAGUUGACCAGAGAUUAAUCAUGCCGGGUGUGAACUGGAAAGAGUCGCAAAGCGUCGCGAAGAACAUCACCAAGUAA